AUGGGUAAAGCCUCUAGUCUUUCUCUCAAAACACGGUUCUUAAUCUUAUCUAUGUUGAUAUGUCACAACAUCCAACUCAACAUUCACGUCUCUCCUUUUAUCAUCUUACGCGCUGCAAGUGAUUUUUUCGUUGGACAUUUAGAAAAAAAUUUCUGAGAAAUAACUUAAAGCCAUAACCCAAAAGCUACUAUGGGUAAUAUUUUUGAUGGUUUUUGGAAUUAUGACUCAAUUAUUUUCCUAAUAAGCAACCAAAUGCCAACAACUAUUUUUAUACAAACCAUCUUUAUUACUGCUGGAAUAAUAACUUUCAAGUGCUCAAAUUGAUAUUUGUAUCCAAUUUGUCAUGUAGAAGUAGAAGAUAAAGUAAACGGUCAACAUACAUAUUAGUGUUAUACAAAAUUAUUACUCGAAAUAAUGCACCUAAAAAAUCACAUUUUUGAAUUUAAAUUGAUUAGAUAGAAAUACUUUUAUCCAAAAUCAUUUAAUUUUCUAUCUCCAAUCUCCAAUAAUGUUCGUUCACCCUCAAAUGCAACACUUCUUUCCUUCCUCUUCAUCACAACACUAACAAAUUCCAUUACAACCCCAUAUGAACAACCCGACCACCUCCUCAUCAACUUUGGCCUACCGAAAAAUUCUCCACAACCCACCGAUAACUUCGGUGACAGAUGGCGGAGCGAUCAAGAUUUCAUCCUAGCAACGUAUUCUGCCAUUAGUAAAUCCACUGCAAAAGCAGUGGAGGCGGCUUCAACUCCUUAUCACAUGGCCCGAAUAUUUCGGGCCACGACAACAUAUUCCAUACCUGUUACUACGUGGGGCCCAAAACUAGUCCGCCUCUACUUUCCACCCCUAUCCAUAUCCUACGACAUUAUAGACAUCAAAUCGUCUUUUCUUUCGCUCACAAUUAAUGGGUUCAAUAUUUUGCGCAAUUUUAGCGCGUUCAACGCGUACACCAAUACAAAUGCGCCCGUAAACGACGGGCUUGUAAGAGAGAUUUACAUCUCUUUGAACAAAGGAAACGGGCAAAAGGGUCUAAACCUAACUUUCUCACCAGGUAACCCGGAUGGGUACGGGUUCAUAAAUGGGUUGGAGAUUUUAUCUGUUCCCGAUGGGUUGUACUUUAACCGUUCCGGAUCCAAUAUGGUUCCAUAUCUUACGGGUGGGUUUCAAGAUUAUUUGAAUAACCUGUUUAAUUUUUCGGAUUCAAUAGCUAUGGAAAAUAUUAUCCGGCUGAACGUUGGUGGGUCGAUCGUGGAGCCGCGUGAUGAUUGCGGACUUAGCCGGACUUGGUUCGGUAGAGACGAUGACUACAUGAUUUAUGGUCUAAACUUCACAAUGUCCUCCGACAAUACCCCAAUCAAUUAUACAGUUGCAACACCAUGGUAUUCGGCGCCAGAAUUUGUGUACUGGACAAUGAGGGUGAUGGGAUCAUAUGAUGGAGAAUUGAAGAAAAACCGAAAUUUGACAUGGUUGUUCGAGGUCGAUGUUGGAUUUAAUUAUCUUGUGAGGCUCCAUUUUUGCGAGUUACUUCUCUGUAGUGGUACCAACAAAGCUAGUGUCGAAACCAGAGGUCCUCUUUCAGUGACACUUACUCCCAACCCUACCGGAACGUAUGACGAUGUCAUGCUCAAUGGAUUGGAGAUUUUCAAGUUGAGUUCUUCAAAUCCUACUCUUGCUGCACCAAAUCCUAAUAUCCCUAUGAAUUUAACAUCUUUACAAGCAAAACUAUCAAACAACUUUACACAGUUCAGUGGCAUGCCUACCAUAUUUGUUGGUGUAGGUUGUGACUACUCAUUUUUUUCAGCUUGUGGUCUUACCAGUAAAGCUAACUCCUAUGUGAAUAUUUUCUUUUCAGGAAUUGGAUUAGGCAUAUGCAUGUUAAUUGCACUAAUCCUCUUGUACAAAAAAAUGAACUCGCUGAUCGAGAAAAGUAAAGAAAUUGAAACAUUGUUGAAACAACAUGGAUCCCUCGGUCCAAAGAGGCAUACUUAUGCAGAUUUGAAGAGAAUUACAAACUCCUUCAAAAUCAAGCUAGGUGAAGGAGGUUACGGUAUUGUAUACAAAGGAAAACUACAUUGUGGGGAUCAAGUGGCAGUGAAAAUUCUCAAGAGAUCAUCGAAUCGAGAUAUGGAUAUGGUGGAAUUCAUCAAUGAAGUUGCAAGUAUCGGAAACACCAAUCAUAAGAACAUUGUGAAACUCCUAGGCUUUUGUUACGAGGGUUCAAAACGCGCUCUUAUAUAUGACUACAUGCCUUGCGGAUCUCUUGAAAAGUUCACACAUGGGGGCAGAGACGAAAACAAUCAACAACCCUCAUGGAAAAGUUUAUUUGAAAUCGCGAUUGGGAUUGCAAGAGGGCUAGAGUACUUGCACCAAGGGUGCAACACGAGAAUAUUACACUUUGACAUUAAGCCCCAAAACAUUCUAUUAGACGAGAAUUAUUGCCCCAAGAUAUCUGAUUUUGGCCUGGCUAAGAUAUGCCCACAAAAGGACAUCAUAAUUUCGAUGUCAGAAGCCAGAGGAACUGCAGGGUACAUUGCUCCUGAGGUUUUCUUCAAGAGAUUUGGCGGAGUUUCUCAUAAAUCAGAUGUUUAUAGUUACGGAAUGUUGGUUUUGGAAAUGGUUGGGUGUCGAAAAAAUAUUGAUGCGAAAGUGGAACAUAGUAGUGAGCAGUAUUUUCCGCAUUGGAUUUACAAGCAACUCGAGGAAGUUGAAGAGAUCGAUCAAAUCGACACCACAAACAACAACGAGGGAUCAGUACUCAAAAGGAAGAUGGUUGUAGUGGCUUGGAGGAGAGUGGCAUUAUUACUGAGUAGGCUUUAUAUCAUGGCAAAAACUUGGGAGAGACCGCCUCAAUAUGAGGCGGGUGUAGGUAUGAUUUGUCAGUCACCAACCCACAAACCCAGUCCUAAGCGGAAUCUAUUUUUUGGUCUAAACUUCACAAUGUCCUACGACGAUACCACAUUCAAUUAUACAGUUGCAACACCAUCGUAUACGGCGCCAGAAUUAGUGUACUUGACACUGAGGGAGAUGGGACCAUAUGUUGGAGAACUGAAGAAAAACAUAAAUUUGACAUGGUUGUUCGAGGUCGAUGUUGGAUUUAAUUAUCAUGUGAGGCUUCAUUUUUGCGAGUUAGAUUCCACAAUUAACAACACUGGCCAAAGACGUUUCGACGUUAGUAUUAACAAUCAAAUGGGUGCACAUGAUAUUGAUGUUUUUGCGCUAACUGGUGGCAUUUUCAUUCCAAUGUAUCGAGAUUUCGUUACGCUCUUUGAAGGUAGUGGUACCAACAAAGCUAGUGCCGAAACUAGAGGUCUUAUUUCAGUGACAUUUACUCCUGACCUUACCGCAACUUCUCAUCAUUUAAUACCGAUUAUCGGAGGCAUCCGUGGUGCUAUUCUAGUAGUCGCACUCAUAUCAUCAAUAUUUCAUAAUCAUUUUCCGAAGAAAAAAGGAGAAACAAAAAUUCAUGAAACAAUGAGCAAAGAUGAUACUAGCAAGCUUAAGUGGAUUUCGCCGUUGGAUGAUUCUGGAUCUAAUGCAACUACCGCUAGUGUGAUUUCUUCUCUGCAGUCCGAUCUUUGUCGACUUUUCUCAUUUGCGCAAGGUAGGUUUGCUACGAACGAUUUCGACGACGAUUUGAUCAUAGGAACCGGUGGGUUCGGUAAAGUUUACAAGGGUUCAAUAGAUGAUGGAGCCACUAUUGUGGCCAUCAAACGUCUUACGACAACAUCGAAGCAAGGCGCUCGCGAGUUUGAAACAGAAAUCGAGAUGCUAUCGAGACUACGUCACGUACAUUUGGUGUCCUUAAUAGGAUAUUGUGACAAACACGGUGAAAUGAUCAUAGUUUACGAGUAUAUGCCACGUGGCACUCUUCGAGAUCACUUGUUGUACAAGAAUCCCGAGAGAAGCGAGAACCAUACACCAUUGUCGUGGAAGCAACAACUUAUAAUUUGUCUUGGAUCAGCUCGCGGUUUGCACUAUCUUCACGCGGGUGCUAAACAAUUGAUUAUUUAUCGAGAUGUCAAGUCUACGAAUAUUCUUCUUGAUGAUAAGUGGACGGCCAAAGUCUCAGACUUUGGCCUUUCAAAGGUAGGACCCACUCCUGGUGAUAUGGGUCCUACCCAUGUUAGUACCGCUAUUAAAGGUAGUGUUGGAUAUUUAGAUCCAGAGUACUAUCGACGUCAACAAUUGACAGAGAAAUCAGAUGUAUACUCCUUCGGAGUUUUGUUGUUCGAGGUUUUAUGUGCUCGAUUUGCGAUGAACCCUAAUCUACCCAAGAAACAAGUGAACUUAGCAGUGUGGGCUCGUUAUAACUACAAAAAUAAAACCCUCCACACAAUUGUCGAUCCAAAUGUAACAGGGCAAAUUGCACCUGAAUGUCUAAGAAAAUUUGGAGAAGUGGCAGAAAUGUGUACACGAGAAUAUGGAAGUGAUCGUCCUUCGAUGGGGGACGUAGUUUGGGGCAUUGAAUUUUCCUUACAACUACAAGAAACCGCGGAGAAAAUUAUGCAAAACAAUUUAAGUGAUGAUCCUCAAGGAGAAAUUUCAGAUUCUACGAUAAGUUUUAAACUUGAUGGGGCAAAUGCAUUAGGUUCAAUGUAUAUUGAUGAUGAGUCGACCACAUUAAAUGAUGAUUUUUCUGAUACUAAGAUGGUUGAUAUGGGCACAAAAAAGUUAUUGGAUAGUAGAACUACUACAUUUAAUUCAUCGGAAUCACCCAUAAUUGAGAUGAAGUCUGGUUCGGUUUUUUCUGAAAUUAUCGACCCAAAAGCCAGAUGA